GUUAAAUUUUGGAUCCAUACUGAACCGACACUUUCUUAUACAUUUAUCCUCCACAGUACCGCUUCCAAUUUCCCUUUGGUGUCAUUGAUCUUUUCCAUCAAUCUUUACCAAGAAGAUGAGCUGGUGGUGGGCUGGAGCUAUUGGCGCUGCCAAGAAGAAACUCGAGGAAGAUGAGCAGCCGAGAAGCUUUCAGAGUGUGGGACUGGUGAUUGGAGUGACUGGCAUUGUGGGCAACAGCCUAGCCGAAAUUCUCCCUCUCUCCGACACCCCAGGUGGGCCAUGGAAGGUCUACGGCGUGGCACGCCGCCCCUGUCCCGACUGGAACGCCGAGCACCCGAUUGAGUAUAUACAGUGCGACGUCUCGGACCCGGAGGAUACCCAAGCCAAGCUUUCUCCCUUGACCGACGUCACCCACAUCUUCUACGUCACCUGGACCAGCCGACCGACCGAGGCCGAGAACUGCGAGGCCAACAAGGCCAUGUUCCGCAACGUGCUCAGUACAGUGCUUCCCAACGCGCCGAAUCUCCGCCACGUCUGCCUCCAGACGGGAACCAAACAAUACCUCGGAUCCUUCGAGGCGUUCCGCAAGAUUCAAACGCACGAUCCUCCUUACACGGAGGACUUGCCUCGUUUGGACGCCCCGAAUUUCUAUUACACUCUCGAAGAUGUUCUGUUCGAGGAGACCGACAAAAAAGAGGGCUUGACAUGGUCCGUUCACAGACCCAACAUCAUAUUCGGAUUCUCGCCGUAUAGCUUGGUGAACAUCAUCGACAUGUUUUGCGUGUACGCCGCUAUAUGCAAGCACGAGCGGCUUCCCUUGAAAUUCCCUGGCACGAAAGCGGCGUGGGACGAUUACUGGGUGGCUUCCGACGCAGAUCUUAUUGCCGAGCAGCAGAUAUGGGCGGCAGUGGAUCCGUAUGCGAGGAACGAAGCAUUUAACUGCAACAACGGGGACGUGUUCCGGUGGAAACACUUAUGGAAAGUGUUGGCUGAGCAAUUUGGGAUCGAUGAUUAUGGGUUGGACAAGGGUGAGAAAGUAAGCCUGGUGGAGAUGAUGAAGGACAAGGAUGCUGUUUGGGAGGAGAUUAUAAGGGAAAAUCAAUUGCAAUCUAGAAAGUUAGAGGAAGUUGGGAUGUGGGGUUUGGUGGACCUCGUGUUGAGAGGGGAAUCUACGAUGGAUUGUAUGAACAAGAGCAAGGAGCAUGGAUUCUUGGGGUUCAGGAACUCCAAGAACUCCUUCAUUUCCUGGAUAGAUAAGAUGAAAAGCUACAACCUUGUGCCUUGAAAAGCUACAUAAGAUGUUCAUGUUUGCAGUGAAUAUAUAUUGUUAAAGAUAUAUGUCCCGAGAAGUUUGCUAACAAACCAACAGAUGAGGAUAAGCUCAAGGAAUACAAAACUAUUGCAAUUACUUAACUUAUCCUCAAUUAUGUUCUCUUAUCUUCUGUUAUUUGUUCAAGUAUUUAGUUAUAUGUAGCUAUCUACAUUUAUCUGUAUGCUGUAAGUCAAAACUUUGUAAUCAUCUAUAUAUAUAUACACAAUGCCUCGACUUACAAUAAAAAAAAGUUUGUAUCUCUAGACAUGUCAUAUUUGAAGAGUUGAGUUUUCCUGCUCAGACUACACAGGGUACAACUAUUGCUUCAUCACCUUUGCAGGAUCAUUUUCCUUCUUCUGUCAGUUCCUCACAAUUAGGUUCUAUUUAUAAUCCGUUACCUUCUAUUUCAGUUCCUUUAUUCUCUAUUUCUGAUUCUCAUAACUCAUCCAUAUCAGAUUCACCUAAUCAUAAUUCCUCUCUUGCAGUACCAACUAAAAUGUCUCCAGCAAGCCCUCCAUUAUCUCAUACUAAACAGAUCAAUGUUAGAAUCCUAGCGCUUCUAAUAGAAUUUCUGCUGGAUUCCUUAACAAAUUAACUUUGCUGUGUUGUGAUUGAUGUGACAGGGUGGACUGGAGAAGAUGGGAAUGGCGCUGAAAACAGAGUAGAAGAGAUGCACACCAAUUGUUUGAAGGAAUUGGUAGAAGAAAAACAUCCACUGAAUUGUAUUGCUACGGGAGUACCUCGAGGGCUCCCAACCUCCAGAAAAUUCUACUUUUUCCAAAUGAUCCUUUUACGUGUUUCUUUCUUUUUAUUCUUUUUUUGACAUGUAACUCACUGCUUAAGAAAAAACUAAUUGACCAGAGAAAAUAACAGGAGCUGAAGCGCAUCGUUUGGUAAUGAACCAAAUGCUGCAUUUUUUCUUAA